CAACAACUAUCUUCUUCCAAUAAGAGAAGGAGAUAGGAUAGGGUUGAUAACAACACUCUUUCUUUAUUAGUAUUUUUUAUUUCAAUAAUAAAUAAAAUAAAGAAAAAAUAAAAUGGGUCGUGGGAUGGUGUUAGCUUUGAUGCUAUGCCUCUUGGGCGUCACUAACGUUUAUGGUGAAGACCCUUAUAUUUACUAUACAUGGAAGGUUACCUAUGGUACAAUUUCUCCUCUUGGGUCUCCGCAACAGGUUAUUCUUAUAAACAAUCAAUUCCCAGGACCUGAAAUUAACAGCACUAGCAACAACAACAUUGUCAUUAAUGUGUUCAACAACAUUGAUGAGCCAUUGCUUUUCACAUGGCACGGUAUUCAACAACGUAAGAAUUCAUGGCAAGAAGGUACUCCGGGUACUUCAUGCCCCAUCCUUCCUGGAACUAACUAUACCUAUCACUUCCAAGUGAAGGAUCAAAUUGGAAGUUACUUUUACUAUCCUACCACCGGUCUUCAAAGAGCCGCGGGUGGUUUCGGUGGUCUUAGAAUCUUCAGUCGUCUGUUGAUCCCUGUUCCUUAUGCUGAUCCUGAGGAUGAGUAUUGGGUUAUCAUUGGUGACUGGUAUGGCAAGAGUCACAAGACUCUUAAGAUGUUGUUGGACAGUGGUCGUUCAAUUGGAAGGCCCAACGCUGUUCUCAUGAACGGUAAAAACGCUAAGGGUGAUGGAAGCGAUGAGCCACUGUACACAAUGAAGCCAGGAAAAACCUAUAAAUACAGAAUCUGUAAUGUUGGUCUUAAGGACGCACUUAACUUCAGGUUCCAAGGACAUACAAUGAAGUUGGUUGAAACUGAAGGCUCACAUGUUGUUCAAAACAACUAUGACUCCCUCGACGUUCACGUUGGACAGUGCUACACUGUUCUUGUGACCGCCGAUAAAGAGCCAAAGGACUAUUACAUGGUUGCCUCCACUCGUUUCACCAAGUACAGUUUGAUUGGAAAGGGUAUUGUUCGUUACACCAACGGUAAGGGUCCUGCUUCACCUGUGCUUCCACCUGCACCUGUGGGUUGGGCUUGGUCUCUCAACCAGUUCCGUUCUUUCCGAUGGAACUUAACUGCUUCUGCUGCUAGGCCUAACCCUCAGGGAUCUUACCAUUAUGGUCAGAUCAACAUUACCCGCACCAUUAAGUUGGUUAACUCUGCUAGCAAAGUUGACGGUAAACUCCGUUAUGCUAUUAACGGUGUUUCCCACGUUGAUGGCGAAACACCUUUUAAGCUAGCUGAGUACUACGGUGUUGAAGAUAAGGUGUUCAAGUACAACAUCAUCUCCACCGAUGAACCCCCAGUUGAUCUUAGGGCCAUCACCAUUGCACCUAAUGUCAUCAAUGUGACUUUCCGUAACUUCAUUGAGAUCAUCUUCGAGAACCCCGGAAAGGUUGUCCAGUCUUACAAUUUGGGAGGUUACUCUUUCUUCGCUGUCGCUGGUGAGCCAGGAAAGUGGAGCCCAGAGAAAAGAAAGAACUAUAACCUUUUGGAUGCGAUCAGCAGACACACAAUUCAGGUGUUCCCUAAAUCAUGGGCUGCAAUAAUGUUGACAUUCGACAAUGCUGGUAUGUGGAACUUGAGGUCUGAGCAUGCUGAGAGCCGUUAUUUGGGACAACAACUCUACAUUAGUGUUCUAUCACCGGAAGGUUCUUUGAGGGAUGAAUACAACCUUCCUCAGACCCAACUUGUCUGCGGUAUCGUCAAGGAUAUGCCCAAGCCUGCACCCAAAUACACUUAAGAGUGUUGUUUUUUAUUUAUUUAUUAUCAAAUUCAUUUCUCUCUAUGUCGUGCAACUAUUGUAAUUAACACUCAAUCAUAGAGAUUGAUUAUCUAUCUUGAAUGAAUAAUAUAUAAUCAACCCUUUCCUUUGUUCAAUUACGUACUCAUUUUCCCCUUAACUAAUAUUAAGUAACAUUUCUCAAAUUCUUCUUCCAAAUAUAU